AUGGCGGUUUCUUCUUUUUUAGCAGUACUUUGGAGACGAUCUUCAGAAUGUCCAAAAACUACAGUGUGUUCAAAGGAAUGGAUUGGAGUAGGAGAGAAGUGUUUCUAUUUUUCUGAUGAUACCAGAAAUUGGACAGCCAGUAAAAGUUUUUGCAGCUCACAAGGAUCGGAACUUGCUCAGCCUGACACACAAGAGGAAGUGGGAUUUUUGAAGAAACUUGCGGGAACUUCUGGGUACUGGAUUGGAUUGAGCAGAAAACAAGGAGAGUCCUGGAAAUGGACAAAUGGCAGCACAUUCAAUGAUUUGUUUGAAAUUAAUGGAAAUGGACGUUUUGCUUUUCUGGAUGCUGAUAGAGUCCAAAGUUCCAAGGGACUUGUUGAUAUCAAGUGGAUUUGCAGCAAACCUAGAUUUUAA